AGCCGCUGGCCCGAGGAAGGGCCUGGGGCCCCCCGCGCCGCGCGCGGCCCGGGGAAGGCCACCCCUCGGCGCGCGGGACAGGGAGUCGCGCCGGGCCCCGAUGUCGGGCGACCUCGGGGAGUCCGAGGCGACCCCCGCGUCCACGCCGCUGGACUUCCCGAAGCCGUACGAGAGCCGCCGCUGCACGGACGUGAUCUGCGUCGUCGUCUUCGGCCUCUUUGUGGUCCUGUUCGUCGUGGUGAGUCUCGCGGGCGUCGCCGACGGCAACAUCGCUAAGCUCUACAGGUUUGGAUGAUGCCCGAAUCAGCACUUCAAGAAACAUAAAAUCAGAGGAACUACCCAGGGACGUACCCGACCCUUUUAAGCAUGUGGCGAGUAUACAGCUGAUCGCUCAAUACGAAGGCAAGCAUUGAAGGAUCCGCUGCUCUUGAACGCUUCGCCAAAGAACCUCGGGCCAGAGUCAGAUGUUUCACAUGUGCGGCGUCACUCUUGAG